GCUUCUCAUUCACAUCACUACAAGUUGCUCUGAGCCCAUGUGUUGGACCAAUUCAACCAAGAUAUAUAAUAUAUACACACAAAGUAGAUGCUUAUUCAUUCACAGUACAUCAUGCAUUUGCCCUUCCUAUUUCUCUUACCUUUAAUAACCCUCUAUUAUUCACAACAAGUUGCUCCUGUUUCUUCUUCUUCUUCACAAAGUGUUCUAACCCAAGGUUCAUCACUCUUGGUUGAAAAGAAACAUCAUUUGGUUUCACCAAAUGGUCUUUUCACAGCCGGAUUUCACGAGCUUGGCCCAAAUGCUUAUUGCUUUGCAAUAUGGUUUUCUGAGCCCAUGUCGGAUGGAAGUCACACAUUGGUUUGGAUGGCAAACCGAGACUGGCCUGUCAAUGGAAAACGCUCCAGGUUUUCCUUGUGGAAAAACGGUAACCUUGUUCUAACCGAUGCUGGCCAAAGAAUUUGGACGACCGACACUCAAUCUAAUUCACCUUUGCAACUGCAACUUCUUGACUCAGGUAACCUUGUUCUUACCCAGUUAGAAACGAAAUCAGAUCUUUGGCAAAGCUUCAAUUUUCCAACCCACACUCUCCUUCCCAAUCAACCUUUUACCAAAGAUACAGAACUCAUAUCUUCGAGAAGUUCGACAAAUUUGUCUUCUGGCUUCUACAAACUCUAUUUUGAUAGUGACAAUGUAAUCCGCCUUCUUUACAGCGAUGAUGAAGCUAACGUUACAAGUGUAUAUUGGCCUUCAACGUAUUUACUAAACUGGGAAGCAGGAAGGUCUUCUAACAACAUUAGUAGAUUUGCUUUUCUUGAUUCCAAAGGGCGUUUCCAAUCUUCAGAUAGUCUUACCUUUACUACCACGGACUACGGUGAUGCCCUUCAAAGAAGAAUAACACUUGAUGUUGAUGGUAAUGUUAGAGUUUACUCGCUUAACCAAAGAAGCUGGAGUGUUACAUGGCAAACAUUUUCAACACCUUGUUUAUAUGGAAUAUGUGGUCCAAACAGCCUUUGUACUCACGGCUUGGAAUCAGGAAGGAUUUGCACUUGUAUGCAUGGAUACAAGAGCAAGAACCACUCGGAUUUCUCUUUUGGGUGUGAACCUACAUUUGAUCUUUCUCAGAAUCGUGAAAAUUUCGGAUUCAUAAAGCUCCCUAGUGUGGAGUUUUAUGGAUUUGAUUCUAUUUAUGAUAUAAACUCCACUUUCAAAGAAUGCAGCAACUACUGCUUGAAUGACUCCAACUGUAAAGCUUUCCAAUUCUCCUUUCAUGUAGGGUUGGGCGCCUUUACAUGUAACGUCAAGACUUUGUUAUUCAAUGGCUACUAUAAGGGUCAACCUUUCACCACUUAUCUUAAGCUACCUAAAAAUGAUGUCUUAUCGUAUAAUCAGUACGUUGCUAACAAGUCCAGCUUGGAAUGCUCUAGUUCUAUAAUUCAGCUAGACCGAACGUACAAGAAAAAGAAUUCAAAUGGGUCCAUCAAGUUCCUGUUGUGGUUCAGCAUCAUUCUUGGUGCAAUUGAAGCCGCAUCCUUUGUAUUAUUCUAUUGUAUCACCAGAGAACCCUCAGGUACAAAAACCCAAACCUACCUAGCAAUUGCUACAGGAUUCAAAAGGUUUACGUAUGCUGAGAUAGUGAAGGCGUCACAUAAAUUUAGAGAAGAGAUCGGGAGAGGCGGUGGCGGUAUUGUGUACAAAGGCACACUUCAAGACAAUCGAGUGGUAGCAAUUAAACGACUCCAUGAUGCUAACCAAGGAGAAGCUGAAUUUCUAGCAGAGAUGAGCACAAUCGGAAGGAUAAAUCAUAGGAACUUGAUUGAAACAUAUGGUUAUUGUGCUGAGGGAACGCAUAGGAUCUUGGUGUAUGAGUACAUGGAGAAUGGCUCAUUAGCAGGAAACUUAGGGGGUAACCAGCUUGAGUGGAAGAAUAUGUUUGAAAUUGCUUCUGGUAUUGCGAAAGGACUAGCUUACCUACAUGAAGAAUGCUUGGAGUGGGUUUUGCAUUGCGAUGUUAAACCACAAAAUAUAUUGUUGGAUGGUGAUUAUAACCCAAAGGUGGCUGAUUUUGGUUUAUCCAAGCUAUUCCACCAAGAUGUAACAGGAAAUUCUCUCUUUUCAAGGAUAAGAGGGACUAGAGGAUAUAUGGCUCCAGAGUGGGUGUUUAAUCUUCCAAUUACUUCAAAAGUGGAUGUUUACAGCUAUGGGAUGGUGGUGCUAGAGAUGAUAACAGGACGAGGUCCCACAUAUGACCAAUCACGUGAUGAUAAUGAAAGGUUGGAACAAAAGAGACUCGUAGGUUGGGUAAGAGAGAAGGUCCAUGUGGCAAGUGAAAGUUUGACAGAGGCACAAUUUAUAGAGAUACUGAAUCCCAUGAUAAGUGGUAAGUAUGAAAAAGGUCAGAUGUAUAAUCUUCUAAAAGUGGCACUAAACUGUGUUGAGGAGGAUAAAGAUGCACGACCAACCAUGAGCGAGGUUGUGAAGAUGCUUGAAGAUGGAUGAUUAGUGGUAACCACAUUUUGUUCAUAUAGUUACAAUCAUUGGAGCCAAUUAUGAGUUGGAGAUUGUCCAUUAGAAAAAUACUUAUUUAUAUGUUCUUAAAUACACUUGGCUGUGACUCGAUUUUAGUAGCUAAAAGUGGAAUUAAACUUGUAUAAUUCUGUACAUAUGCUUUAUAUGUCUCGUAGAAAAAUACUUGUAUAAUUCUGUGACCCAUUAGAACUUGAUGAUUCUGUAAUUUUGGGUGUA